AUGAAAGAAAGCCUUUCAACUAACACAUCAAUGGUGGUGCCAUCUGAUCGGAAGAGAUUAUUCAAGAGUGGAAGUAGAAGCAGUUAUUAUAUUGCUGCUAUUAGUUUGAUAUUUAUAGUUAGUGGAUAUAAGAAUUACGUAGAGGCAACAUCAUCAACAACAACAACAACAAAUACAUCUUCAUCGUAUGGUGUUGUAGAUUUUAUAAUUGACUUGGGAAUGGUGUUUGCACCAACUAUUGGUUAUUUUGAUCAAAUUCGUUUGAUGAUCAAGAAUAAUGAUUCAAAGGCUUUCUCUAGAUUUAUCAGUUUAAUUUUACUUUCAUCUAAUUUAUUGAGAAUUUUCUUCUGGUAUUUGAAACAAUUUUCUAUGGUUAUGCUUUUUCAAUCAAUUGUUAUGAUUUUAUGUCAAUUAGUUACGCUCUUUGUGGCUGUUAAAUAUGGAAAGGAAAAGAAGCGACAAGAAAAUGAAAGAAACGAUAAUGAAAAUCCUUCUGCAUUGAUGGAUAGAGAAAAUCCUAGAGAUUUUACAUCAUUAAUUCAAAUUGAUACAAAUCAAUUUUUAGAUCGUUUUUGGAAAUGGGAUGAUUUCUCUUACUAUUUGUGGACUAAUCUUUUUUUUAUAAUUUUUGUGCUAGUUAUUUCAUUAUUCUUUUAUCCAAUUUUCCCUGUGACUUAUACUGAACUACUUGGAAUGUUGAGUGUUACUAUUGAAGCAUUACUGGCAGUUCCUCAAGUAAUUACUAAUUUCCAAAAUGGAUCAACUGAAGGAUUGUCACUUGUAUUAAUCGCUACUUUUGUUCUUGGUGAUACACUCAAGACAGCUUAUUUUGUUUUCAAACAAUUACCAUAUCAAUUUGUUUUUUGUGGAGCCUUCCAAAUAUUUGUUGAUAUGAUCAUGGUAAUACAAAUGAUUUACUAUAACUUUGUGACUAGGGGUAGUGCUUAUGCCAACAAGUUCCAAGAAGUUGACAGUAUUGGUGAGUUGGAGGAUGAAGAAGAAGAAGAAGAGGAAAUCAAUCUUGAGAGCGUUUCUGAGAGCAAAGACCAAAUUGCUGAACAAAUAGAAAACCUUGAGGAACCUAUUAAAACAGAACUAGCAACCCAGGAGAAAACUGAAUCUAGCAAUAAUAAGGAAAGUGAAUCUGUAUAA